GAUGGCAGAGGAAGCGGAAUCAACGAUGCUACCAGCGACAACAGCUGAAUCGACCAAAAUAAAUGCUAUCGACAAGGAUACGGUUCAUCGCAUCUGUUCCGGGCAGGUGGUACUUAACUUAGCAAUAGCGGUAAAAGAAUUGAUUGAAAACUCACUCGAUGCUGGCGCAACGCUCAUUGAGGUGAAGCUCCGUGGCUGUGGUGCCGAUUUGCUCGAAGUGUCCGACAACGGUAGCGGUGUGGAGGAAAAAAAUUUCGAAGGAUUAACGGCCAAAUAUCAUACCUCCAAGCUGAAGGAAUUCACCGAUCUGGAAUCGAUCGAAACGUUUGGCUUUCGGGGCGAAGCGCUCAGCUCACUGUGCGCCCUUUCCGAUAUGAUAAUCACAACACGCCACACUACAGCACCACACGCCACGAAGCUAACGCUGAACCACAAUGGACAGAUUAAAACCCGUGCACCCUGUGCCCGACCAAUCGGUACGACGGUCAGUCUAACGAAUCUUUUCGCGACCCUGCCAGUACGGAAGAAAGAGUUUCAGCGUAACAUUAAGCGAGAAUUUCAACGCAUGUGUCAGAUACUGCAGGCGUACUGUCUCGUAUCGGUUGGGGUGCGUAUAAUCUGCACCAACCAAACGGCCAAAGGUGCCCAUUCGGUAAUUAUGAGUACGCAAGGUUCAAUGCACGUGCUGGACAAUAUAACAGCCCUGUUCGGUACGAAGCAAACGGCAGAGUUGAUGCAACUGGUACAAUCGAUCGGUAGCAAUGGUAAAAUACAGGAUCUGGAAUCGAGUGACUUUGAGGACAGUUUUGCACUAACGCAGGAAGAAGUGGACAAUUUUAAUCUAUCGCGGUACAAAAUUGAAGGCUACAUUUCGAGCUGUGCGCAUGGGUCGGGCCGUAGCAGCAAGGAUCGGCAGUUUUUCUUCAUCAAUUCAAGACCCUGUGAACCGAAGCAGAUCAGCAAGCUGGUCAACGAUGCGUACCACCGGUACAACGUACAUCAGCAACCGUUCGUGUACCUUAACUUAAUGAUGGACCGUUCGGAGGUGGACGUAAAUCUAACGCCCGACAAGCGCCAGGUGCUGGUGAACAAUGAAAAAAUUCUCAUGCUGGCCAUAAAGAAAUCGAUCAAGAAAACGUUCGACAGUGUACCGUCGUCGUUUAAGCUGCAGAAUCAGAAUCCAAGCAAAACGAGCCGGCUGCUUAAUAUAUCGUUUCCUUCGGACAAAGAUGAUGACGAUGAGGAGGAGAAUGGUGGUAGCGUGGAGCUAAAUGUAAGCGUGACGGAUAAAUGCUCUGCUGCAGAUAUGGUGUUUAAGUUUCAACCUCCAAAAGCAUCAACUAGCUUCGGCUGUGGGAAACGAAAACGAAGCUCAACCACAAACGGAGGACUACAGAAAAUGAUAAAUUUUCUAAAUGUUACGAAAAAUGCUUCUCAAAGCAAUGGGGCGGACAGUUCGUUCGAUGAGGAAGAGAUGAUGCCUUCAGCGAAACAGACGAAACAUGAAGAAAAUCCGUACGAUUUGACUAUCCUGAAGGAACCGGACACAGCUGACAAAAAAGAGAUGGAAAAUGAUGAUGGCAAAGAGUCGCUUAAGAUCAUACGAUGCACGAACCGUACAUCGCCAGAACCUGAGAGUAUUGAAAUGGCGCCGAUUACCCCGAAAGCAACCACAUCCUCGCAGGAAUCUGUUACCGAUUUAGUUUCGUUGCUGAGCUGUAAAUCAGAAGGCAGCGAUUCUGGCGAAUCGUCAUCACAAUCCGAAAUGGAUGGUGUGAAAAUUAAACGCGAAUCGAGCUCAGAAUCGUUCCUUUCCCUCAGCCAGUUUGCUGCUCCGAUCAAGCGCGAGCUAAGCGAUCAUAGUGUGGCGUCAUCCAUUUCCACCGGCCAAACGAUCUUGAUUGAUGAUGCAUUGUCCGACGACGCUGAGGAUGAGAUGCUCCAUCGUAAUCACCAGCAACUAUCGAUCACUCUGGAUUCUCUCGAACAGCUCAUCGAACGUGAACAAUCCCUACAGUUGGCCCGUUCCGCUCAGCAAAGCACACUGACACGGUUGCGCUUUAAGAGCAAAAUCAAUCCCACCAGCAAUAAGGAUGCCGAAAGUGAACUACGAACCGAAAUAGCAAAGCGUGACUUUGAGGCGAUGGAAAUCGUGGGCCAAUUUAAUCUUGGCUUCAUCAUCGUCCGACUCCACGACGAUCUGUUCCUGGUCGAUCAGCACGCAUCGGACGAGAAGUACAACUUCGAGGAUCUGCAGCGUACGACGGUGCUACAGAACCAACGGUUGGUUGUACCGCAGCCGCUCGAGCUGACGGCGGUAAACGAAAUGGUGCUGAUCGAUAAUUUGGAUAUUUUUGAAAUGAAUGGCUUUAAGUUCGAGGUGGAUGGUGCGGCACCGACCACGAGAAAGGUACGGUUAUUGGCGAAACCGUACAGCCGGAACUGGGAAUUUGGCAAGGAAGAUAUCGACGAGCUGAUCUUUAUGCUGCAGGACGCGCCGAACACGGUAUGUCGACCAUCACGUGUAAGGGCAAUGUUUGCUUCCCGCGCGUGCCGAAAGUCGGUCAUGAUUGGGCGAGCACUGUCGGUGCGUGAGAUGGAACGGCUUAUCCGGCAUAUGGGAGAGAUCGAGCAACCGUGGAAUUGUCCACACGGUCGUCCAACGAUGCGCCAUCUAGUGAACCUAGCGAUGAUUAGUCAAAUCGAUCGUGGAAACGAUGCUGUAUCGAAUCCGAUCAAACAUGAGAAUCCCGGUGAGGAAGAGGAGCAUAAUGCGUGUGAAUAA